CCCGUCCAUCUGCCUGUCCUCCCGUCCAUCCGCCUGUUUUUCCCGUCCAUCCGCCUCUUCCCCCCGUCCGUCCGUCCGUAUCCGCAUUUACAUUUCCGGCCGUUUCGUUUCGGUCGUUCCGUUUCGGUCGUUUCGUUUCAGUCGUUUCGUUUCGGUUGUUUCGUUUCGGUUGUUUCGUUUCGGUCGUUUCGGUGGUUUCGAUGGUUUCGGCCGUUUCGUUUCGGUCGUUUCGUUUCGACGUUUCGCCUUUUAGUACAUGCCCACCGUAGCAACCAUAUAUAAACAAAAACAACGAAUUAAUUUUGUGGUGUCUGAGUGUCAAUUAAUUUACUUUAUUAUUUGCUGGUAUUACUGUAUUUUCAGUUAUCUGUAUGAUAAAAGUCAUUAUAUUUUCGUCCUAUGCCUGUUUAUUCGGGGUGAAAAGAAAUUUAGCUGUUUAAUAGCUGCAGACGCCAUAUUUCCAAGUUUAAUACCAUCAACAAAAGAACAAUCGCAAAUCAUUUUGAAUCAUGUAAACGGUUUAAAGUUCCAUUAUCACGAUGUUUCUGCUGGGUGGAUUAUUGUUAUGCUGCUGGAUUCCUACUGUAUCUUUACAAAAUCUAAGUGAGUUUACGUCUUUUAAUUAACUUUAAUUAGCAAAGUUCAUGUGUAUUUUUGGUAAUUAAUUUAAAAUGCAUGUCUUGGUUUUGAUAUGACCGGAAAUUUUAGAAUAUUUCUGUUGCUGUAAAUAGAAUUUAAAAUAUUUUAAAAUGUUGCAAAUAUCUUGUAUUUGGAAUGUCUUUUGUUGCAAAUAUCUUAUCUUGAAUGUCUUACUAUUUAAUUUAUCAUUUUGAUUUCAUGUUUUGGUAUUAUAAUUUGUAAAUUGAUUCAAACUUUGCUCAUUCGCUGAACAAAAUUUAAAGUUUCAUAUGGCCCAUUAAGUGGCAAUAUGCCUUGAUGUGCCCUACUCUGUGUAUUAAAUGCAGGACGAUUUUAGCCAUUAAGGGGGAGAGAGUGCUGCCACUCAAUGAGUUAAUCAGCAUCCUGUUAACCCUUUAAGUAGCGAUGUGCCCUACUUUAUUAUUUUACUCUACAGGAGUAAUGGAAAGAACUGUCACUCAAUGGAUUAAGCAGGUUGAAGAUGCAAAUAAAGAGCCCUGCGACAUACAAAGCUAACUUUUAGUUCAACUAACUUUCUUGAAAGGCUUUUGAAAUUUAGGAAGUUAAUUGCCUCCCUAAUUUGCUUCUUCCCUUUAAUUGUAGCGCCAGCCAGUGACCAAUCGCUUAAGAAUUUAUGAAUACGUCCAUCUUUUUACUUAUUUUCAGUGUUCACCAUUGAGCCAAAGAGUGUGGUUGUCAGAAAAGGAAGUCCUGCAAUCCUGAACUGUCAGACAAAUAACCAAACCUCUGACAUUUUAAUCCAGUGGAAGAAAGGUUACAAUACACGAUGGAUCUUUGACUACGCAAACAAGCCUUACAAACUGCUAAGCAACGGCUCCCUGUCCUUCCCUAGCGUCGAAACUGGAGAUGAAAAUGUUUACUUCUGUUCCGCUAUUCACCGUGGUACUGCAAAUACCAUUUACUCAAAAAUUCCAGCUCGUAUAACUCUUGCAUGUAAGUCUCCUCAUAUGGCAAAUAUUCAAUUUAUGGUAAAUCAUGUAUGUGUACCAAUGUACUUAUUUUAAUCUAUCAACAUUGAACAGGAAGGAAGGAGAUUAUGCUACAAUCUCAGCCUAACCGGUCCACAUAUUUUGUCCCUGUUUGUUUGUAUGUAGUUUGGUUUCACAAUUUAUUUAUAUAUUAUUCAAUUAAAAUUAAUUUUUCUCAGAUAUCAACUCGACUUUCAUUACACCCCCUGCAUUGUCAACCCCAAUCCGUGAACAUGUCACAGUCACCUUAACAUGCAUUAGUGGUGCAAGUCAACCACUGCCUAGCGUCACAUGGGAGAAGGAUGGUCGACCAAUCACGGACCAGAACAUUGUGGUGCAGUACCAGCUCCCCACUCAAAAAGCAACCUCGGCAACACUGCAACUGACGAAUGUGUCAGUAUUGGCCGACAGAGGGUAUUACAGAUGUGUGGCAACUAAUCCGCUCUUGCCAGAUGAACCCAGAAAAAGUCAAGAGGUGUACCUCAUGGUGCUACGUAAGUAUUAAUGUAGGCUAGGGUCAGGGUUUGCAGUAUCCCAAUCAGGCGUUGAUAAAUAAAAUGUACGUGCACACAAAUGCCGCUAGCUGAGGCACCUUUUAAUUUGUACCGGCAUCUUUUAAAAUACAGACAUUCUAACAAUAUUUACUGUAGUUCUCAAAACCAAUUUCACAGGCACAUUCUGAAGUAAUGAAUUUUGCUUGCAGGCAUUAAAUUUUAAUGAGCCCUGAUCCCAUUAAUAUUCUGACAAUACCAGUUUCAAUGUUUCGAUAAUACCAUAUGUCCAAAAACCUUGAUAGAAAACAGGAAACCUCUCACAUGAGCUCUUACGUUUAGUGAAGUUUUCAUUGAGUUAAUGCUUGCCACGUGCCAUUGUAAUCAGUCAUUGGUAGGCUAAUUACAAAUACCAGUUAUAGAUUCAUAUCUCACUGUUCCGAUGCUGAUUCUAAUCUUUUGAUUCUUUUCCCUGAAGGCUAGUUUCCACUCAGGAAAAUUAUCUGUGGAUUGGAACGGACAAGAAAAUUUUUCUUUGUCUUGUGAGCUCUGGGUAAUUGGAACUAAUGACUUUAACACAAAGAAAAAUUUUCUUGUCCGUUCCAAUCCACGGAUAAUUUUCCUGAGUGGAAACUAGCCUUAACCCUAACUGCAGACCUAAGUACCUAAGCCUAUACCCCAAAUAUCUCGUGUUUGGGAAAUGUAAUAAAUUGUGUCUGAGUAUAUUCUCUCUUUAUAGCGAAGGACGACGAGCCACGUAUUGAAGUUCAUCCAGUGAACACGAUCUCUCCUCGAAGACACCCACUGCGUCUGGAUUGCGUCAUUGUAGGGGUCCCACCCCCUGUCGUGUUCUGGUCACAUGACAACGUGAGAGUCAGUAAUACCUCGGACAGAAUGGUGUAUCCGAAUGGUUCCCUAGUUAUCCACUCAUUAGCCCGCCAGGAUAGUGGACAGUAUUCCUGUAAUGGCACGAACAGUAAAGGAUCUGUUGCCAGCUCUAAUAUAUUUCUCAAUGUUGCAUGUAAGUGGGGUGUGCUAUUAAUCAUCCUUAGGCGACGUUUUCACUAUACUUGAUAGCUUUCCGUAGCCACGGGAAGAAGCACCUAGAUCCGAUACGAAAUGUACAACUUUCAGAAGCUGAACGAAACAGUUGCAAUAAUUCCUCUGAAAUCAGGGUUCGAAAUAACGUUCUGAAAAAAUGUCAAAUUUUGUAGGUUUUCAAGUUUUUUUGUAGGUGAAAAUUUUUGCCGGCUAUUUUCCAAGCGAAGUUUAUUUAUGUUCUGGAGUGGGCUAUUAGGCCAAAUAAUAGUGAUGUAAACCAAUACAACAUGUGUAGGAACAAACAUUAACAAGUUCUGUCUGUGUAUAAGUAUGGUGUUAUUGUAAGCGAGUCAUCGGUGAAUAAAUAUAAUAUUUUCGCCGAUCCGCUAUGCUUUGAAAUUAGAAAUCGCCGGCAAGGUCCUAAAACUGCCGGCUAUCGCUGGCUACUAUUUCGAACCCUGGAAAUUAACGUUCCUAAAAGGUACGGAUAGAUGUUUUUUCAAGUCGCUACGGAAAGCUAUAUGGCACAGUGUUAUCGUAGCCUUACUUGCAGCUGAGAGCUAAGCUGAAUUGCAAAUGACGCAGCUCAACCUGAAGUUGAGUUGAAGGCAGAGCACAGCUACGGUGGUAUAGGGUCAGUAACGUAAGUUUGGGGUUAACCCCAGUCCACCUGUCAACAUUCCCUGUGGGUGGAAACCGGAGCACCCGGGGAAAAGCCACGACCGUUUCGUUAGAGCGUCGACUCUUCACUUAUGCCUUCACUAUUCGUGACGUGUUCUAAUCAAAUUUUAAUUAUAGACCUUAUGUAACAUGCAGUUUGUAAUUAUUGGUCAUUUGCAAAAGUCUGCAAUUAAUCUAUUUAUUUAGUUAUUGACUUUAACUUCAAGAGGAACCCCGAGAAUAAAACGGUUGUAAAUGGCAGCAGAGUUGAAAUGAUUUGCGAACCACCAAGCCAUUUUCCUAAAUCACUUCGAUACAAAUGGUAUAAAAGCUACAGAAAAAUCAUCAUGGAUGGUAGAAUCGGUAUUUCUUCGUCUGGCAGUCUGGUCAUUUCUCCUGUCUUGAAAAGUGAUGAAGGCGUAUAUAUCUGUGAUGUCUCACUCUCAAAAGAGUUUUUGAUAAAAACGAGGACAUCUACGGCUGGUUAUUUAACUGUAAAUGGUACAGUAUAUAUCGAUCUAUCAAAGCUAAAAAAGUAGAACCUGGGGUAAAUCGUGUAGGUAGUAUUCUACAAGAAGCUGCCGUGAUUUGUGUCUGAACUUCCUGAAAAAGAUAUCUCAAACGUGAUGGUCCAGUGUAGGUAGUAUUCUACAAUAAGCUGCCGUGAUUUGUGUGUGAACUACCUGGACAAAGAUAUCUCAAACGUGGUGGUCCAGUGUAGGUAGCAUUCUACAAUAAGCUGCCGUGGUUUGUAUCUGAACUAUCUAAAAAAGAUAUCUCAAACGUGAUGGUCCAGUGUAGGUAGUAUUCUACAAUAAGCUGCCGUGAUUUGUGUCUGAACUACCUGAAAAAGAUAUCUCAAACGUGAUGGUCCAGUUUAGGUAGUAUUCUACAAGAAGCUUCCGUGGUUUGUAUCCGAACUACCCUGAAAAAGAUAUCUCAAACGUGAUGGUCCAGCAUAGGUAGUAAUCUACAAUUAUAAGUUGCUGUGGUUUGUAUCUGAACUUCCUGAGAAAGACAUCUCAAAGCUGGAGAUCCAUCACACAUGAAACUACAGUACUGUUACUCUGAAUGUUCGUCUCCAAUCAGAUGCGUAUAUAUAUGACCAACAUAACUAUGGUAUGACAGGUAAAACUACAGCACCAUUACUUUACGUAUUUGUCUGUUAUAUUUUUAGUCCCACCAUAUUUCCUGACAAAACCAUCACAUCAAAUAGUAGUACUGGGUCAAACACUUCGCCUGACGUGCAAAGCUGCCGGGUUUCCCAAGCCACUGCUGGAGUGGUACCAUGGUAAGCUGUCGCUAAGCAACACGUCACGACUAACACUUGGCGCUGAUGGUAGCCUGGUACUGAGUAUGGUGAAUAUUAAUGAUGCUGGACAAUACAAGUGCUCUGUUGAGAAUGUUGCUGGAAAUAAUGUUGCCAUGGCAGCCGUUAUUGUUCACGGUGCGUGCUAACUAUUAUAAUUUUGAAUUAUGAAAUUGCCCCUACGAGUUCCAAAUUGGUCCUGUGUUACUGCAGAUUUUCGAUCAGUUAUAAACUGUUCUCCACAGAGAUCAAAGAAUAUACAACGAUCAAAAUUAACCUUUUUCAGUUAAUUAUUCCCGUUUGCCAAUGUCUUAAAAAAAGUGAAAAAUAUAAAGACCUUACCGUUUAUUCACUUUUCACCCAAUGGCCUCGUUUUCAUGUCAAAUACUUACUCAUGUUUUGUGCUUAGUAGGGUUGAAAAUUACUUUGUUAUUGAGCCUAAGAACAGCAAGAAACAAAUUCGUUCAGGAAAACAUGGGAAUAUAAUCUUUAUCUGCCUCUGAAAUGCUAAAAUAAUGAUGCUUGUUAUGUUACUCUGAGUGUAUAUCCACACCGGGCAAGCUUGAAAAACAUGCCUGACCACGGUGGGAAUCGAACCUACGACCUUUGGAAUACUAGCCCACUGAAAAAUCGUUACUGAUUAUUAGAUUACAUUGAUAUCGAAGGAACUAGAUUCUGUUCCGAAAUAUCGCAUAACAUACUCGAACCGAUCUGACCGCGUAGCUCAGUUGGCAGAGCAUUGGGACACUCAGAGUAACAUCGCAAGCAUCAUAUUCAACUGAGUACAUUACAUAAACACAGAAAAAUCAUUAAUGCUAAAAUAAGUUAACAUGGAAACGAGGUCAUUGGGUAAAAGAGAAUAAUUGGUAAGGUCUAGAUCUAUUACGGAGAAAGAUUGCGAUUCGAAAGUUUUAUUACAGUACACCGGUAGUAAAAAAGUGCUUGUGUAUAAAUCCCUGAUUAUGUUGGUCAGCACUCAAAUUCAUAUUGCAGAAAUUGGCCGGUCACAAAAAUGAAGUGGUCAUUUAAGGCCAAAUUGAGUAUAUUCUUUCUAUAUUAUCUAGCUCCACCCAACGGUACCGUCAUGCCUAGCGAUACCAAAAGAGUUCUUGGCAACAAUGCCACGUUUCUCUGUCGGUUUGCCGGAAACCCACCGCCCGUUAUAGUAUGGUAUUUCAAACGAGCCAAUGAGAGAGCAGUUCUCCUUGCUAGAAAUUCAUCUCGGUAUAUACAAAGCCAUGAGGAACUGGAUGUUGUUAAUGUGAGCGAAGCAGAUAAUGGUGUUUUUACUUGUGUUGGAGAGAAUGUCGUUGGAAUGCAGAAUUUUUCAGCUCGACUAAUGGUUCUCGGUAAGUCAAGUCAAAAUUAG